AUGGAUCGCGGGGGAUCAGCGCUGCUCUUCGUCGUCCUCGUCGUGGCCGCAGGAUCCGGAGUGGAGGCCUCCGUCCACGUCUACAGCGGCGACACCUUCAGAGAGGUCGGUAACGCAUAUCUCCUCGCCGGCGGCAGCGAGGGCAUCGCCGCCUCUCGCGUGGGAAGCUCCGGCGACAACUCCGUGGCACCGGGAGUCCGUGAUGGCCGGGCAUUUAUCCGGUACUGGGCACAUCUCUCUCGCUCUGUGUCAUUCCUCUCGCUCAGUCACGCAACAACUGUACUAUGCUCAAAUUUGCACUGCAGGGACCGUGUGUUAGGUACUAAUUUUCAUGGAUGUUAUUGGAGGAAUCUAGAUCUGGGAUUUAUUUUUAGCAAUACGCCGGGGGAUGGGCGGUUUACGUGCGCCUUCCGCAUUUGUCCCCAACUUUAACCUCGUAUAUCGAUGGCGUGGCGUUUGUUAGUCUGGACCCUGGACGAAAACUUUCUUAAUGGAUUUGCAUAUUCGAUCUGAAAAGAAAAACAUAAUCAAACAACAUUGACGCAGAUUACCGAUGAAUUUUAAUUUCUUUCACGUUUCUCGAUAAAUAGAACGUCUUAUUGUAGUUCUUGACGAAACUUUUGUGCGUAUUCGAUUUUGCAAUCUUUUGAAGAGUCCUCUGUUGUCCUGUUUUUUAUUUUGCACUGAUCCUCUAGUAGGCGGAUUUAUCAUUCACUGAGCAUGAUGUCGGGAUAUAAUUUCCUUCUCUUUGCUGGAGAUACCUUGCUUUUAGAGAUUAUUGUGCCCUGUGAUCGUCAUAUCUGUAGUGUUUAUAUACUCGUUCAACAAUACAUCCAUAUAUUCUCAGUCAAACCUAGUUCGGUUUCAAUGUGAGGUUAAAAUGCAGUUACAAAAAGCAGCGCAUAUAGAUGUAAUUGCCUAAGUAUCUUAAUUUUUUUCAGGUUUGACCAGGUUACGUUUGGGAGGAGCGAGGAAGCAUCCUCGCAUUAUUCAAAUAUGGAACAUAGUUCGGGGUUGGUACAAGCCAUUCUAUUUGAAGCUGCUGAUCGGAACAAUAUUGGCGGGUCUGCAUAUGGGGGACAAAAGUCUAUAUGUUGCACCCCUGACCUUGCUAAGAUUGAGCGAUGCAAGGCUGGGGAGGUUUUGAGACGACCAUCUUCCGUGGAUUCAGCUUGGCCCUAUGUACUGAACACGUUCUUCAGAGCGAAUUACGCUUCAGCAAAGAUGGAGAGUGUGGAUGUAAAUAUCAGUAGGACUGGGAUGUAUAACCUUUUUUUUAUCAGUUGUGAUCCAAUGCUGAAGGGGCUAAAGAUGAGCGGGAAGACUAUCUGGAAGAACCCCACUGGUUAUUUGCCAGGGAGAAUGGCUCCACUCAUGACAUUUUACAUAUUCAUGUUACUGGCGUAUGUUGCGCUGAGCAUUGUCUGGUCUUCCCAAUGUGUCAAGUUUUGGAGAGACAUACUGCAGAUUCAAAACUACAUAAGCAUCGUUAUAGCUCUGGGGUUUUUUGAAAUGACUCUUUGGUACUUCGAAUACUUGAACUUCAAUAACACUGGUAAGAGGCCUGUCGGAAUCACUUUGUGUGUUGUAACAGUGGGAGCCUUAAGGAAAACUAUAUCGCGCCUUCUUAUUCUCACUGUAUCUAUGGGCUAUGGUGUGGUUCGGCCAACACUUGGAGGCCUUACCUCAAAGGUACUUCUCCUUGGCGUGACAUACUUUUUGGCAACUGAAGCUCUGGAUAUUGUAGAGAAUGUUGGAACGGUCAAUGAUAUCUCGGGCAAAGCAAGGCUUUUCCUUGUUCUUCCAGAUGCAUUCUUGGAUGCAUUUCUAAUACUAUGGAUUUUCACAUCUCUGUCUCGUACACUUGAGAAGUUGCAGGUAAAUCAGUUUGUCCUUUUUUAGACAGUGUGUGGCCGGAAAGUUAACACCAUAGCUUUCUAGAUCAGUUUUCCUUCCUCAGUUUAUAGACUAUAGUUGCUGUUGCUUGUUCCUUUUUGCCAUCUUAUUUUGUAUGUAUAGGCAUUAUAUUCUGACUUAUUCAUUUGCUUUUGUUAAUCUCAGGCAAGGAGGAGUUCUGCUAAGCUAGAUAUCUAUAGAAAAUUUACCAAUGCUCUGGCAGUGUCUGUUAUUGCUUCCGUUGCUUGGAUUGGAUAUGAGGUAAAUGAUUCUUAUGUUCAUCUUUUAGUUUUAUUUGGUUGAUGAUGAUUCUGUGUUGUAACCAAAAAGUCCUUCAAUUCGUAUUUCCCUUAAAAAAUCUAAUUGUUAUAAAAUGUUUUUUAUUAUGAGCGAGCAUUCUUUCUAUCACUCCGUGUUACUGUCCACUUAAGACCAUUUUUUGACAAAUCAUUCCUGUUUAGGACAACGAUGUUGGUGGCGAGACACCUAUCUCAAUACGUACUGGGAGAGAAAAAAAAAUCAAUAAAUGCUAACUACACCCUGUCACUCAUAAGAUGAAAAGGGAUAAAAACAUGGAUCAACAUGUAACAUAGAAAUAACCAUGAAUAAGUGAUCCUGGACCAACAAGUAUUGAGUUUAAGCGUCUGAUACUAGGAUUCAAGAUCACAACCAACCUUUUUCCCCUGGGCCCCAACAAUUACGCCGAAAUUGGCCCCCCCUUGAGUUAAGUCGUGCCGUUAAACAAUUACACAGAAAUUCAAGAUCCUUUGAGAAUGAGACCAUGACAAUCCUCUAGCUGUCGAUUGCAGACAGGUAGAGACCUAUAAGAUUUGAAGCAUCGGAUCAACACCACUCGCAACAACAGUGGUGUCUGUCAUAGCAGCAGCAUGUGAUAGCUACUCCUAUAAUUCGGUAGAUUACCCAUUUAUGGGAGGGUGUACGAGAAAACCCUUGGUCUCCUGUCCCAUUAGUCAAAAUGCUGAAUACUUCAGGGCUAAAACCACAACACUGGAUAGAGGUAAGAGCCCCUUGAUCUUGACUGUGGACCAAGGGUAAGCCUCCGGUUCUUUUGCAGGAACACCUUCCAGGGUCACAAGCCGCGACAUUGCCAACCUUAGACGUAUAUUCUACCACACAGCUUGUCACAACGACUGUAGGGUACCAGCUAUGUCCUCUGUGAUGCCCUUUUAAGGAGCUUUUGAGAGGUUGUGAUAUUGACAUCAGUUUUCCAUUUGGCAAGUGUAAAAUAGCUUUCAAACAGUAUAUGACUUGUGACGAUGAACCUGUUUGUGACGGAUGUCUUCCCACAAAUGACGAUCAGGAUCUAAAUGAUUAUAUGACUAUGCAGCCAUUUUAUUUCUCGUUGUGCUAAGAGGAUGCCAGCCCAUCCUGCAUGCCGAUGAGAGAAGAACGCCGCUUUACAUCUGGGCUUGAUUUACGCUUAGCAUUUACAACAAAACCCAUUUACAACACUAAUAUGUGGAUUAUAUAAGAAGAAAAAGCAAUUCAUUGAUGAUCCUAAAUUCUUCAUUCGAUUCUUCCAAUGCCAGGGACAAAAAUAUUUCAUAUGAGAUUCCCAACUGAAGAUGCUGACAAUCCAAAUUCAAUAUUUUGGGAAUGCUUAGUAUACUACUUUCAAAGAGGAUGUUGGUAUCUUUGAAACGAACGACCUUAUAAAUUGAAUCUGGCUGUAUAGUCUAGAUAUUUGUACAACCCCCAGACAUUCACAAGCUCCCUGUUCUUUAGCAGAAACCUCUGGGAAUAUCUUUGCUUCUUUGGGGCAGUGUACCUUGAGUUUCCUUCACGGAUAGACCACUCUCAUUUUCUGCUGUUCUGACUACUCCUUUAGAACCAAGGCCAUAUUUCGACGUUUCUGAUUGCCCAUAAGUGCUAGAUUUGUGGGUAAGGUUGCAGGUCUAGAUAUACCCAAAGUUCAAAAAUCAUGAAAGGGAAAAUUAGUAUCAACUUCUUGUUUCUCUAUGACACGGAACGUUGUAGAGGAAAAUGAAUUAUGACGAGCUGAAUAUGAAGGGUUUUAUGACAAUCUUUCAUUGCACUUGAUUGACAGAAGGCUGGACUUGGUGGUGCAGAGUUUCCCUGGUUUUAUGAUAUGCAUCUAUUGGUGUAGAACACACCUUGCAGAUAGUUCCAAACACGGUUGGGUAAUAUCCUUAGAUUGCCAUCUUAUGAGUUCUCCUUCGACCCAGGCACAAUCUGCAAGCAAUUAGUUGGCUAGGCAAUUGAAUUUAAACAACAGUGUGUGGCUUUAUAACUUUCCCAUGGUUUCCCCUUCCCUAUCCUUGUCCAUCUUCUUUUCCUCAGUUACUUCAUGUUUCUCUGCUUCCCUUUCUUUUUCCAUUUUCAGUAAAUAAAUUCAGUCCCAAGUUGCUUAACUUCCUGUGCCUUUUGUUCUGAUGUCACGACUAAUCUUUCCACAUUUUGCCUUCAUAGACAUAGUCAUAGAUCGCAACACAUCGUGAUGCUUGCAGGUUGUUUGGCUGAGUAUCCAUCCUGAUCUUUGCCUUUUGACCCCCUUUUGCAUCCAUUGUUUUCUUUAUUCUUUUUUCCAUCAGUUGACCUACAAUCCUUUUAUCUUCUUUUUUCCUGUACCUUUAUUUUUCUUUUUGUUGAUUUUAAAAUAUUUUUUCUGCUUGAUUUUGCUCACAUAGCAAAGAGGCCUCAAUGAUGAGAGAUUUCGGCCUAGCUGUUCUAACUCGGGCAAAAUUCAACAGCAUUCUCCCAUGAUUGGGAAGCGAUUCUUGGCCUCUGAGCGAAUUACCUCUCUCUAUGCUUAUAUGCAACCAGAUAUUUAUAUAUGUAUUUACAUAUAUUCCUUUCGAUGGAUGGAAAUUAUAUUUACAUAAUCCCACAUCGAUUUAUUAUAGUUUCAAGUAUCGUAUUUAUGAGCCGAUAUGAUAUCUCUUCGAUGGAAUGAGGGCAUGUUCAGACUGGCCAUGAUGAAAGAAUGUUAAUGCAUUUUUUGACUAAUGUCCAAUCUGAAAUAUUCUCAAUGUUGUAGGUUUAUUUCAAAGCGACGGAUGUUUUCAGUGAGAGGUGGCAGAGCGCGUGGAUCAUCACCGCCUUCUGGGACAUUCUUGCCUUUGCUGUGCUCUGCGUGAUCUGCUAUCUCUGGGCUCCGUCUCAGAGUUCUCGAAGGUUCUGCUCUCAAAACCUUCCAUACUUGGCAACCUGUCGAAUAAAAGCUCAUAAUCACGAAACGCAAUAUAGUUAUCACACACCGAUAGCAUACUAUUUUAUGCAUCUUAUUUUAGUGAGUUAGUUUAUGAAUAUAUUUAUUAAAUCCAAAUGAUAUGCGUUUAUUUUCAAGAUUUUGCAUAUAUUAUUCAGUAAUUUAGGUCAACGGAGGGAUCGUUUAAGGGUUUUUACUGUAGCGAGGAAAUUUAUGAAUAUAUUUAUUAAAUCUGAAUGAUAUACCUCUAUUUUCAAGAUUGUGCCUAUAUCAUUCAGUAAUUUAGGUCAACGGGCUUUUGAAUCUUUGAAACAGAUACGCCUAUUCAGAUGAAUUAGGAGAAGAUGCCGACGAUGAGGAGGCACAGUCGUUGACUCAAUCAUUGCCCGAGGCAGAGAUCGGGAUGGUCAAGCAGGAGAAGAGAGAGGUCAACUCCAAUGAUAGGGACGUCUUCACUCUGGAGGAUGAACCCGAAGAGGACAAGAGGGAGUGA